GUCAACUGGCACCCGGUGUUCUGGGGGUUUAUCAUCCAGAUCGUUUUUGCCAUCCUCACCCUGAGGACAUGGGCCGGCUUCCAAGCUUUCAAGUGGAUCGGUGAUCUCAUCUUCAAAUUUGUGCGACUUUCUGACAAGGGGUCCGCCUUUGUUUUCGGCGACACUUUUAGAAACGAUAUCGCUGGCUUUUUCAUUGAUUCUGCAGGAGUCAUCGUCUUCUUCAACUCCUGCAUCUUCAUGCUGGACAACUGGGGAGUCCUAGAGUUCAUCGUCCUGAAGAUUGGCCGAGGUCUGUCGUUCUGUCUGGAGACUGGACCAGUCGAGUCUGUGGUGGCCGCAGCCAAUAUAUUCAUUGGUUUAUCAGAGGCUCCCCUGAUCGUGCGGCCCUACCUGCCAACGGUAACCAGGUCCGAACUGCACGCCAUCAUGACCUGUGGCUUCUCCAGCAUUUCCGGGGCGUUUAUGGCCAUGUUUAUCAAAGCUGGGGCACCAGCCAACCACUUGCUGACGGCCUCGGUGAUAUCAGCCCCGGCCGGCCUGGCCAUCUCCAAACUGAUCUACCCGGAAGUGGAGACGGUCAACUACGCCAGUCAGAGGGAUGUCAAGAUGCGCGACAGUUCAGGGGAAUCAAGAAACGUUCUGCAGGCCUGCUCUGAUGGUGCUGCCUUCUCCAUCAAGCUGAUCGGCUCAAUUAUGGUCAACAUGCUGGCAUUCGUGUCUCUGAUGAACCUGGUGGACAGUCUGCUGGUGUGGGCUGGUGAUCGCGCUGGGGUGGACAAUAUGACUUUUGAUCUGAUCUGCUCCUACGUGUUGUGGCCACUCUCUUAUGUGAUGGGCGUGCCCAGCCAGGACUGUGGCAAGGUCGGGUCACUGAUUGGUGUCAAGAUGAUGGCAACACCUUUUGUCGCCUACCGCGACCUUGGAAAUGUAAUCAAGAACCGACUUGUACUGCUAGAAUACCUCAGCACGAGUAACGGCACCUGGCACUGGUCUGGUAAAAAUGUCAUUCUGGACACGGUCAAUGUCACCCUGGUCGGUGGAGUCUUAAGUGAACGGGCAGAAGUGAUCGCCACGUAUGCCUUGUGCGGCAUCUCGGCGUUUCCCGCCAUCGGCUUCUCCAUGGGCACCCUCAUCCCCAUGUGUCCCCCACGGAAGAAAGAUGUCGUCGACGUGAUCAUACGGGCCUUUAUCGCUGGCAACCUGGCCAACUUUGCCACUGGCACCAUAGCAGGUGUGAUGUUUACUGUUACAGCUCCCAUGCCAUUUAACCUAACCUAA